CUAGCUAGUAUGUUAUGCUAGCUGUAGCAGGUGGCAGUGAGUAAGAGUAAGGAGAGGAUGUUGCGUCCAAAAGCAGCGCCAUCUGCUGACCAGGAGGAUUUACUGCAAGGCAAUUUACAUUAUAAGAGAAAAUACUAGUGGGUCAUUCAAGUUUGUCUUAGUGCAUUAAAUGUUUAUGAUGAAGUGAAAUAACGUUUAACAACGAGACUGCUAAAAAUGUUCUUCUUAUUAGCUACAACAGUUUUUUUUAACGGCCGCCCUGAAGGUUAUAUAAGUGAGAUUGACCCCGCAGUCUAAUUCCGUCGUUGUCGUCUUGCGAGAGUUCGAGGAGUGAUGUUCCCGUCGUUCGGCCGUUUCGCUCGGCUCACCUGCCCUUCCACCGGGCGCUGCGAGCGGCCUCACUGCUGGUACAAACAUGGCAAAGAAGAGCGACUUUUGUUUGGGGCCUCAUCAUCAUUAUCUUCGUCGCUGAACGACGUAACAGGUGGCCAAGAUGUCAAUCUGCCUCCCGUAUGUCAAGCGCAUGUCAACCAGCUCAAAGACGAGUCCUCCCGGGAGCUGGAGCGCCUGAAGAAAGAGAUUGAAACGGUCAAGUACGAAGUGGCGCUGGAGCAGAGGCGACUGUCGCGCUAUCGCAGCGCCGAGGCCGCGUCCAAACCUGUUUCAUCAAAUGGUGAAAAUGCAAACAAGGGAUCAUACGGGCACCCGUCGAGCUCUGAUGGUUUCAAAGCGCUCUCCCGAUCUAGGAAGUAUGUGGUUGACAAUUCCAAGCCAAGAACUGAUUUGGAAUAUGACCCCAUGUCCAACUAUUCGGCUGACUUUGGAUCUUACAAGUCGUUGGGUAAGGCUCAAAAAGGCAAAAGCACACACCAAAAACCAGUCAGCCAUCAGGUCCCGCUAUGCUGCCCCGCCUCCACUGGGACGCAGGAUAACUCCGAUGAUGAAAGCAUCCUGAUUAUUGACAUGCCACCCUCGCCUGCCCCAGCUCCCAAACAUGCCAGCUGUGAUGCUGACGCACCGCAGGACACAAAAAAGCAACACGAGGAGAUUGGUGCCGUGCAUGAGGUGAGAGAGGACUCUAAUGAAGGCUGUGAAGCGUCUGCUGGAAGUGUGAUUGACUUGACCCGAUGUCUGGAGCACCUUGGCGGAGAGAGUCCUGAAGCAACAUGUCUCCAGUCUUCUGAAGAUAAAUCCUGCAGCACUUUGCAAGCACGAGAUCAAAAUGUAAAUCGUGCUGUGAUGGAAGAGGACGACGACUCCGUUUGUGUUGAAUGGUUCAAGUGUGGUGCCCCAAAUGCUCCACAGAACUCUCUUCUUUCAGACACCAGCCCAUACCUCCCAAGUGUUGUCAAGCCCACCCAGAAAGCUCAGCAGACCACAGAGUACAACUCUUCUCUCCCCCCUUUCACGCCUAGCACUGCCAACUGCACUGCUGCUCACAGCCACCAGGGGCCAGCAGAGCCAUCUCCAGGCAGCAGCCAGCUUCAGACUGAAGCCGAAUCUUCUCCCGUAUCCUCCAGUGAGCAUCCUUUGUCAAAAGCUGCUAAAAGAGAAGUUAUCGUGAUUGUCUCGAGCUCUGACGAGGAGGAAGAGCAGGGCUACCCUGGGUUGGAUCUGUCGGACAGCGACCCUGAGGAGGAGUGCUACCGCAUCUUCAUGGAGGCAGAGGAGAGUGCCAACCACCAGCAGCCCGAGAUCAAACCUAUGGAUGUGGCCAAACUUGACAUUUCGACAGUCACACCCCAAGAACAACCAGCAAAGAGGAGGAUUGCGCAUGAGGCCAAAGAUACAGAGCUUCCAGUGGCCAAGAGGAGACCACAGCCGCAAAUCCUCGUUCCUCUACGAGGGCCGGCGACGCCUCUCACGGCCUCCCGGCUCGCCGCCACCCCAAAGAUUCAGCAGAUUCAGCAGAAGGCAUCCAUGGUGACCGCUUCUGUGAAAGGAGGCCAAGCGUUCCUCUCCUCCUUUGGCCAGAGAAGGCAAGAGAGCCAACCGGCAACUUCGACUCCCGCCGCCGUCAACGCUUCGCCUGCUGCCCGGCAGAACCAGACAUACGUCAACUAUGUUCCGCUAGGCUCGGCAGUGCUCAACGUGGGCAAUAAUUUGCGCCUGAUCCUCCCUCAGGGCGCCGUCCCGCUGCCCCUCUCCUCCGCUUCCAGUGCAGUCACCUCCGUUCUUAACAUAACCCCCGUCCUGGCGAGACCCCCCACUUGCACGGCGUCCGCUGUUGCGAGCGCACAGAAGUAUCGCAUGUGCGCGCCUCUGCUGUUUACCCCCGCUGCGCGUAGACCCUCGCAGCCCUCUACACCCUUUACAUCCUCACUUUCAACCACCGCUACGAGUACACCCGCCCUAGCCGCUGCUAAGCCGGGGGCCAUCAAGCGAAAGGCGAAGCCGCAGGUUGAGGCGAGCAAAGACAAAGUGCCUCAUGAUGUCAGACAGCGCUACGUUACCAUGUUCGUGGAGGCCUUCCUCGCCUCCACCGCCAAUGUCAACGAGGCCUUUGAAAAGGCCCUGGUUGAGGAGAAAGCGGUCUACAAUCGCAGCGGCAACAAACUGAAGUAUCUCAGCGUUGCCGUGAACGCGCUCAAGAGGCUGAAAAAGCACAACUCUGCCGCCGCCAAAGAUGAUAAAGUCAACGGCAAAACCCCCAAAGGAAAUAUUCCACUCAACAGGAAGACGCUGAAAGGAAACGAUGACACGGCCUUGUAUGAGAUUUUGAGGGAUUACAUUCUGACUGAGGAGCAGCUGAUUGAGAACAACUACCCCAUGCAAAACCCAGAGAAGGCUGGCUGUGCAGUCCUUUUUGCAGACAAGAAGGGCAGCAACGACCCCCUCAAGAGGAUUUGCUGUCGAUGCGGGGCAACAUACUCUGUGAGUCAGACGGGCAAACACACCCGCACAGAGGAGUGCAACUAUCACUAUGGCAAAGGCGUGGAGAACAGAGUGCCAGGCGGGGUGGAGACCCGCUACAGCUGCUGCCAGGGAGUCAUGGGAGCACCUGGAUGCCAACUCUUUAAGUUGCAUGUUCAUGAUUCCUUCAGCCUGGAUGGAUUUGUUGGGACAGCCCCAAGAAGUCCCACAGAUACCAGCUGCCCAGGAAUCUACUCCCUCGACUGUGAAAUGUGUUACACCAUUCACGGUCUUGAGCUGUCAAGAGUGACCGUGGUCAACUCCAGCCUCCAAGUGGUUUACGACACCUUUGUCAAACCACGCAACGAGGUCAUCGACUAUAACACCAGGUUCUCGGGGAUUAGCGAGGAGGACGUGAGGGGCAACCACACCUUUCUGUCCGAGGUGCAGAAGACCUUGUUGAGCUUCAUCAGCACCGAUACCAUCAUAAUCGGGCACGGUCUGGAAACUGGCCUCUGUGCCCUGAAGUUGCUCCAUGGCACGGUGGUGGACACGUCCAUUGUCUUCCCCCACCGACUGGGCCCCCCACACAGGCUGACCCUCAACAACCUGACUGCAGAGCACCUGAGGAGGAUCAUCCAAGAGAGUGUGUGUGGCCAUGACACCGCAGAGGAUGCUGCCGCCUGCAUGGAGCUCAUGUUAUUGAAGAGCAAAGACGGAAAAGUGAAAAAAUGAUUGGGGGGGUGGAAAAAAAAAUGCAACCCCCCGCCCUUCCUCCAUUACAUCGUCAAAACAAAAGCUCUUGUCUUGGAUUGCUUCAGAUUGUCCAUGUGCGCCUAAUAUGUCUGCAUCUGCCGAGACAAAAUUUGCAAGUCUUGACGAAGAGGAGUGCGACAAGGAGGACGACCACCAGGAAGAAUCCCAUCACAUCCAGGCUGUGGUACU